ACAAUCUAAUACCGUGGCUACUCCCGCUAAGCCGCUACUUCCUGCAAGGAAAGGCCAAGCACCAUCAACUGAAAGAGUCAGGAACGACGGAGGCAGCAAGCCAUUAGCGACCUCAGGAGGUAAUGAGAAGUCAGGCAAUAAUGUUGCAUCGACUAACGUAUUAAUGCCAAGGGUGGGAUCGAGAUCCACGUAUGGCUUCGCCAAACCGGACGGCCUUGGGACACAAGCCAAAGGUCGAAAAUCUGAACCUCCAACGCUGCCGAGAAGAGGUGACACUUUGGAUCAUAAUAGUAACGGCGCAAUGGAUCAGUCUUCUGCCGCCGGACCAGCACUGUCUGUAAGGGAGCGCAUGGCCAACUUGUCGAUGGCUAGUCAGCGGCAGAUUAGCUCACCCUCAAAUCCCGCGAUAUUACCGCAGUCUGCUCCUCUCCCACCAAGGCUGGGUACAAAGGAGCAAGGAAAGGAACAAACGCCCAGCACAGUCCACUCGCCACUCUCAUCAGCAGCGAGACCAGCGCUACCGCCUCGGACACUAUCCCCCAGUCCCAUGCAAUCGCCAUCGCUGUCAUCUUCAGCCGCCACAACUGCAAAGCAUGUUUACCAAGUCCAGGAUGCGGCUGUUCCAGUUCCCAAGCUGACAACCUUUGCACGACCUCGAUCUGCAAGGACAGGAAGAAAUUCAGGAUUAUCAGAACAAAAGCAGACUCCAUCUUCGUCUCCCGCAUCAAACAAUUCUGAGAAUCCUUCUACACCACCAAAACUCCCCAAUCGCACCCCCAGCAUAGCCGUCGCAAAUACUCCAAACUCGAACGCUUCAUCUGUAAGCACACUGGCAGACAAGCCGAGCGGUUCAGGGCCUGUUCGAUUUAGUCCCUCAGUAGUUCGACAGACCUCCUCCGAAAUCAAUGCUUUACCUGCCAUUUCAAGAAACACGCUGCCCUUACCACUGCCUUCCAGGAACAACUUGAAUACUUCUCCACUCUCAACGCCUGCAGGAAAUAUAACGCAGGGCUUGCCCAGAUCAGCUACCACCGGAGGAUUCAAGAAUGUGGGGUCUCUUGAAGCAAAUGGCAUCGUUGACACAACAAAAGAUUCUAGUAGCACGGCUGGUUCCCCCUUUGGCGUGAGACUGAACUCUGUGGGAUCUAGAACACCUAAGGAAAUACGCACUCUAUCAACAGUGUCCGUUCCAGCUGUCACUCCCGAGCCUACGAAUAAUAUGGCCCCUCCCUUGCCUGCUCGAUCGACCACCAUUUCCUCGACACCCUUAAUUCAGCCGAUAGCGUUGACGACACCAUCGAUGAAACUGCAACGGGAAGUGCCCACCCGUCCGUUCUCUUCAUUUACUCCAAAUGGGUCUCAGGUGAAGCAGGACAAUACGCCUGUCCGCAGCACGCGAGUAGGGGAUAUUGUUGGGCGCAGCUGGGGUGCUCUAUCGUCGCCAUCGAAGGCUGCAUUAGGAAGCGGCGUUACAAUGCCAUCACCUCGGUUACCAGAAAGCUCUGCUCCAGAGACUGUUGGUAUCAAGUGGGAUGCGAGAAAAAGAUAUGAGGCUUUGUUCAAUUCCACAACCUCUGGGGAUUAUAUUGAAGGCGCCAAAGUUCAUGCGAUUUAUGUGAGAAGCCGCCUGGAUUCUAAGACUCUGGCACAGAUAUGGUAAUGCAAGCAGAUCGAUUGGGUUUAUCAACGCUGCAUUCACGUGCUAUUAUUCAUCCGGCCCUGUUUUUUUGCUCUUAACUGACUAAUAUAUGUAGGGAUUUGGUGGAUGUCGACAAUGCUGGGCGC